GUUCCUUAUUUGUUGUGGUUGCAGUGGAAUAGUACUGUGAAUGCUGUGUUCUUUAUGUCAAAGUUAGAUUAUUAAAGUUACAGUGAUACAUAUUUUAACGUUUAAUGUUGUUUAAUUAUAAACUGAAUAACUAUGUAGUCUUUGGUUUCUCAGUAUUUUUCCAUUAAAAGAUUACUUUUCAGUUGCUUUACCACUGAUCUGAUUCAAUAACAUAUCUACUAGGCCUAGUUACGUUUAUGAUACUUAAAAAGGAAUUAAGACUAAAAAUUUCAUAUUUAUCUUCCAUGAAUUAAAUUGUUUUAAAUUAUUAGACACUGCAUUAAGUUAAUGAAUUCCUUGUAUUGAUACCACACUAGAAAUCAAUCAUGGGAGAGAGUGAUGAUGAUGAGGGUCCUUCCAGCAGUUUUCAGCUUACGAGUAUACUUUUUGGAAAUAUUGAUGAAUCAGGAGAGUUAGAAGAUGACAUUCUUGACUGUGUAUCAAAGAGACAUUUGGCGUCGUUAGCACGAUUGGGUUUAAGUUCAAUAAUUAAUGAACUUAUCGAAGAUGCUGAGCUUGAGGCUAGAUCUAGCAGUAAAAUUGAUAGUGUUGAUGCUGAUGAAAAUGGAUCUGGUCAAGGUAUUUGCAGUGACCAAUAUACAGAAGAUUAUGACAUAAAAUCACCUUCUGCAGUUGACUACUCUGAUAUUAAUGAACUAGCUGAUGAUAUUCAUUGCUCCGAAAAUUCUCGUAAGUUAUUAAAAAAUGAAGAAGAUACCACAGAUUAUGACGCAGAUGAUGAAGGUCCAAACAUGAAACAUGAUUUACAGCUUAUGCCACCUCCACCAUUACCAGAAUCAGAAAAGGAAAAUGAUGAUUUAACAGAAGAAGGAUUGAAUAAAAAAUUGGAAACACCAUUAGCUGCAAUGCUUCCAUCUAAAUAUGCAAAUGUUGAUGUUAGAGAGCUUUUUCCAGACUUCCGUCAUGAUAAAGUUUUACGUUUUUCUCGACUAUUUGGGCCUGGAAAACCAAGUAGCAUGCCUCAAAUAUGGAGGAGUGUAAGAAAGAGAAGGAAAAAACGUAAGCAUCAGCAUAGUAAUCAACAGCAACAAUCUGAUUCUGGAUCUGAUCAAGAGACUUACCGCCAGAAGAAAGUAGGUUGGGUGUUACAGUAUGGUUCACCUCCUCCACCUGAGAAAUGUAAAUCAGAUGAUGAAGAAAAACUACUGAGACCUCAAGAGAGUCGAUCAUUGAACAAAAGUCUAGAUAAUGGUGAGAAUUCUGACAUGGGCCCGAAAGUGGCGGAUUGGAGGUUUGGACCUGCCCAAGUGUGGUAUGACAUGCUUGACGUACCAGAAACUGGAGAAGGUUUCAAUUAUGGUUUCAAACUUAAAGAGAAGACUGGAGAAGAUGAACAAGAGUCCAGAGAUAGUUUCCCUGAUGAUGCCUACUUGAUGGUGUCUCAGUUGCGGUGGGAAGAUGAUGUUGUGUGGAAUGGUGAUGACAUCAAACACAAGGUGAUGCAGAAACUGAAUUCCAAGACAAACGCAGCCGGUUGGUUGCCAAGCAGUGGUAACCGAACGGCCCAAGCUUUCAGUCAGCCUGGCAAGGGAGUGCCUCAGCUCCCUGGCAAUGUGCGGCUGGCUACGUCCUCAAUGAACCUCAAUACUCCAGGCGCCAAUAAGCAAAACAAACAACACAUGAUGGGAGGCAAGGGACAAUCAAGGCCAGGGGAAGACAACAGUGAUGACACAUGGUACUCGAUAUUUCCUGUGGAAAACGAAGAACUAGUCUACGGAACCUGGGAGGACGAAAUCAUUUGGGAUGCUGAGAAUAUGACAAGUAUACCAAAACCUAAGAUCCUUACUCUAGACCCGAAUGAUGAAAAUAUCGUCCUUGGAAUCCCGAAUGACAUUGACCCUGCCAAACAGAGAAUAGAGUCAACGACCCCAGUUAAAGUGAAAAUCCCCCACCCUCAUGUGAAGAAAUCCAAGAUACUUCUUGGGAAGGCUGGAGUGAUUAAUGUUCUAGAGGAGGAUACCCCACCUCCUCCACCCAAGUCUCCUGACAGAGAUCCAUUUAAUGUAUCUAAUGACAGCUACUAUCAGCCCCGGUCAUCUGAGACAGUCCUACGGCUGAAGGUGGGUGGAGGAAACCUGAUCCAGCACUCAACGCCUGUGGUAGAGCUAAGAGUUCCGUUUGUACAGACUCACAUGGGAGAGAUGCGUUUGCGCAAUUUCCAUCGCCCACCGAUGAAACGAUAUUCGCACGGUACACUCGCCAAUCCUGGCCCUCAUACCGUUCUACCUCUCCUCAAACACAUCAAGAAGAAAGCCAAGCAACGAGAACAAGAACGGAUGGCGUCUGGUGGAGGAGAUGUGUUCUUCAUGAGAACACCUGAAGAUCUCACAGGGAAAGAUGGAGACAUUGUUCUUGUGGAGUUCGGUGAAGAACAUCCUCCACUUAUUAACCAGGUUGGAAUGUGCACCAAGUUCAAGAACUAUUACAAGCGCAAGGCCGGGAAAGACUCAGGUCCCCAGGAGUAUAAGUAUGGGGAGAUUGCCUAUGCUCACACAUCGCCUUUCCUCGGAGUGCUGCCACCUGGCAAGUCGAUACAAGUAGUGGAGAACAACCUCUACCGUGCGCCCAUCUAUGAACACAAAAUACCUCAUACCGACUUCUUGGUCAUCCGUACACGCCAGCAGUACUGCGUUCGUGAGUUGGAUGCUUUGUUUGUUGCCGGUCAGCUUUGUCCUCUCUACGAAGUACCGGGUCCCAAUUCCAAGCGGGCCAAUAACUUUGUGCGAGAUUUCUUGCAGGUGUUUAUCUACAGGCUGUUUUGGAAGAGCCGAGACACACCAAGGAGAAUCAAAAUGGACGACAUCAAGAAAGCUUUUCCAUCUCAUUCUGAAAGUAGUAUUCGCAAGCGACUAAAACUUUGUGCAGACUUCAAACGAACAGGUAUGGACUCCAACUGGUGGGUGAUCAAGCCUGACUUCCGUCUGCCGACUGAGGAGGAGAUCCGAGCUAUGGUAUCGCCUGAGCAGUGUUGUGCCUAUUUCAGCAUGAUCGCGGCAGAGCAGAGGCUUAAGGAUGCCGGCUACGGAGAGAAGUUUAUCUUCACUCCUCAGGAGGAUGAUGACGAAGAUCUCCAGUUGAAGAUGGAUGACGAGGUGAAGGUGGCACCUUGGAACACCACCAGAGCCUACAUCCAGGCCAUGAAGGGCAAAUGUUUACUACAGCUGACCGGACCUGCCGACCCUACUGGCUGUGGCGAGGGGUUCUCCUACGUCCGCAUGCCCAAUAAACCCACGCAAAGCAAAGAGGAGCAGGAAGCUCAGCCCAAGAGAACAGUGACUGGUACUGAUGCUGAUUUGAGGAGACUUUCGCUGAACAAUGCUAAAGCCCUCCUGAGGAAGUUUGGAGUGCCUGAAGAGGAGAUUAAGAAAUUAUCUCGAUGGGAGGUCAUAGAUGUGGUGAGAACUUUGUCAACUGAGAAAGCUAAAGCUGGUGAAGAGGGGAUGACUAAGUUUUCUCGAGGAAAUCGAUUUUCGAUUGCAGAACAUCAAGAAAGAUAUAAAGAAGAGUGUCAAAGGAUAUUUGAUCUACAAAAUCGAGUACUAUCCUCGUAUGAAGUACUGUCAACAGACGAAGGAGAGAGUUCAGAUGAGGACAGCUCGGACAUUGAGGAAAUGGGAAAGAACAUUGAAAACAUGUUGGCUAACAAGAAAACAAGCACUCAGUUAUCAUUGGAAAAAGAAGAACAAGAACGGCAAGAACUUAGAAAGUUAAUGAUUAUGGGUGACUCUGAUCAUGAUCCCAGAAGGAAAAAAGAAAUAAAAAAGGAAGAUGAUGAUAUCAACUCUUUGGCAAACUAUACAGGCCAACCAGGAAGAGUGCUGAAAAUCUACAGGACAUUCCGUGAUCCAGAAGGAAAAGAGUACACAAGAAUGGAAGUUGUUCGGAAGACUGCUGUAAUAGACACUUACGUCAAAAUUCGGUCAACUAAAGAUGAUAACUUCAUUCGUCAAUUUGCUACCCUGGAUGAUGCACAGAAAGAGGAAAUGAAGCGGGAAAAAAGGAGGAUACAAGAGCAACUAAGAAGAAUAAAACGGAACCAAGAACGAGAAAGAAUUACUGGUGGAGCAUUCAAUUGUACUCCGUCAUCAUCAUUCAUGUCACACUCACUGCUGAGUCAGAACACAAUGAUGGGAGACAGUAAUGAGUCAGCAGGCACCAACUUGUUAUCUCCGAGUAAACCUUUGUUUUCUGCUCAGAAAUCUUCUCCCUCCAUCAGUACACCAACACCUCCUCGCCGCCGUAAACCAAACAAGCUCAAACCAGACCUUAAGCUUAAGUGUGGUGCCUGUGGAAAUGUGGGCCAUAUGAGAACCAACAAGGCUUGUCCACUGUACCAAGGUUCUUCUCACAAUCCACCUCUCAAUGUGGCGAUGACAGAAGAACAAGAGGAGGAGAUCGAGAAGCAGCUUAACGCAGAUGAUGAGGAUCUAGUCAACAUUGAUGGGACUAAAGUCAAACUUUCAUCAAAACUUCUUAAGCAUGCUGAGGAGAUUAAGAGGCGGUCAUUGCUGCUGAAAGUGCCAAAGGAUGCAGUCAACUCCCGCAAGCGCAGGAAACCACCCAACGAACUGCACUGUGACUACCUCAAGCGACAACAGCGGCCAGCCAACAGACGCAGGACAGAUCCGGUCAUUGUACUGUCCACCAUACUCGAGACCAUCCUUAAUGAGAUGAGGGACUUACCGGAUGUGCAACCAUUCCUUUUCCCUGUCAACGCUAAGGUGGUUCCUGACUAUUACAAGAUUGUACAGCGGCCUAUGGAUUUGCAAACAAUACGGGAAAAUUUGCGCCAGAAGAAAUAUCAAAGCCGAGAGGAGUUUCUUACUGAUGUCAACCAGAUUGUUGAAAAUUCAACUAUUUACAAUGGUGCAAAGAGUUCACUGACGGUAGCAGCUCGGCGAAUGCUGGGCGUGUGUGGCGAGCGACUUGCUGAGAAGGAGGACCGUCUCAUGAGGCUGGAGAAGGCUAUCAACCCUCUGCUGGAUGACGACGACCAAGUGGCACUCACGUUCAUCCUGGACAAUGUUGUCAACAACAAGCUCAAAGUUAUGGCAGAGUCUUGGCCCUUCGUUAAGCCUGUCAACAAGAAACUAGUCAAAGAUUACUACAACAUUGUUAAAUAUCCAAUGGAUCUGGAGACAGUCUCUAAUAAAGUAAAAUCUCACAAGUAUCAUUCUCGUCACGAGUUUCUGGCAGACGUGGAGCGAAUCUUGCAGAACUGUGUUAUGUACAAUGGCAAGGAUUCAACUUUCACAGAGAAAGCAGAGACGCUGUACAAAGCUGCUCAAGAAACUCUGGAGGAGUAUGAUGAACACCUGACUCAACUAGAGCGGAACAUCAGUCUGGUGCAGGAGAGAGCUCUGGAGCAGGCAGAGACUGAUUCUCUGGGGACCUGGCUUGGUGGCGAUGAGGAUAUUCCGGAACAGGACCACCACCAGAGUCAACCUGGAUCACCGUAUGGAAAAGAGACAACAGAAGAUUUUGACUUUGUGGAUGUUGAAGGAGAUCUAGACGCAGAUGUGAAAGGGCGCAUUAAAAAAGAGGCCGGUGUUCUGGAGGAAGAUCUGCAGUUCUCCAGUGAGGAGGAACUGGAAGAGGUGGGCGUGAUGUCUGAGGGUGAGCCAGAACAGGUGCCACAUCUGGAUGACGACAGUCAGCAGGCGGCAGAGGCUAUGAUGCAGCUCGGCAAUAUUGCAUAUUGCGUACCUCAGGAACAAGAUGAAAGUAUGGAUGUGGAUCCCAACUAUGAUCCAUCAGACUUCUUGAUGCAAGGUCUUCCUGGCAGAGAAAACAAACCGCAGACAAGUGGUAAGAUACAAGAUGAUCUGGCAGUGAGUGAAUCAGACGAGGAGGCACAGAACACUGACGGUAACAUCAAGCUCGAAGACAAUGACGUGGAUGCUGGAGUACUAUGGUUUUAAUGUACAUAUAUUAUUAUACAACAAUGUAUACUGUAUAUAUAGGAAUACACCUUAUUGUAAAUAUAGAACAUUUAUAUGUUUUAAUACCUCAGUUUAUAUAAUCUUUUUCAGUAAAUAAGCCCAACUUAGUUGUCACACUCAAAGUAUAUAUUUAUUUUGUUAUAAACUUAUGAAAUAAUAGUAUAUUGUUUUUAUUUAAAUACAUCAA